CUUGAAUCGGCGUUUAGUCGCGCCGCGACCACGGUCUUGAGCGGAUUCGAUCGCAAACAAUCAACGACUAUCGCUCUACAAUCAUUUCGAAUUUACAAAGAAUCAGUUCCAUCGUUACUUUACAAAUAUCGUAUCAGACUCGCGUGAAAAUGAAUAAAUGGUGCAGUGAACACGUGAUCCUAAUGGAUUAACGAUCUACGGUGAUCUAUGGAAUAGCGAGGAUCGACCAGAAGCAAGCAGGUCGAGAAAAUCAUCAGUCAACGAUAGGCCUCGAACAGCGCAGGGAAAAGAUGGCAAGGCAGCAGACAGCCGACCGGAACAUCCCUCACUUAAGGGAUAUCUUCGGUUUCGGUAGCAAAUGGGAGAACACCCGAUUGCAGGCCGAGGAGAAGGCCGCCGGUCACGACAGCGCGGUGUCCGUCGGCUCGACGUCCGGCGAGGAGGAGAGCCCUAAAAACAGCAAGAAGAAGAAGUCACGUCGCCGUGAUAACAGCAAAACGCUGACGGAGAGCGACGUGAAACACCUGGAGAGACACCUGUCCAUGAAGAAAACGAUCCGCAAGAAGAUCAUGCGCGACCUGCAGCAGGCGUUCGUCGAGGACCCGAACGAAUUCCGCGUGGACGAUAUACCGCCGGAGCAGCUUAAGGCGGAGAUCAAUAUUCAGAGCCUGAGCUUCGGUACACCCUCGCAGAAGCAGGGACGCACGCGUGGCAACGCGGAGAACACUUUCCUCGAUAUGCUGCGCGCCGGAGGAUUAGAAAAAAAUGUGGUAGACGGUGACAGAGAUUCAGGGCACGGUGGCUCGCCAACGAGGGAGACACCAAGUGCCCAAGACACCGACGAAGAGUCCAGCUACCCCUACGACACGCCAGUGGCGACGCCGUCGAAGAAGAGCGGCAACUUCUGGAGACGUUUCACCAUGAAGAACCGGAACAAGCGGUAAACCGCUCUCCCGGCGACCGAUUUCCCUGAUGUGUACCGACACUCAUUCUAUUCCCGUUUUUCCGUAACUGUACCAACUUCGUUAUUCGAGCAGAGCUUGCAACUGUGAUAUACAUAAAAGAAAAAAAACAAGAGGAAAUCGAGUUUACUAUACCGUGUGAACAGCGCACUUCCCGUAUUUCUUCUGUUGAUCCCGAGUUUGCUUCCGGUUCCAACGCCGAAGGAGCAAGGACCAAUAAUAAAUAACACUUAAGAGACUCAACGAAAAUGGAUAAUCAAAAAGUCACCAACACUGUCAAAAGCAUAUCAUAUAUUUCGAAUGUUUUCAGGCUACGUUUAGAAAGAGAACUUUUGUAAACACUUUUUACACGAAUUUUUGAAUAACAAGACUUUUUGUAAAUACAUGCGUUUAAAAUUAAACAACCCGGAAGCUGAUUCGGGAUCCUGUGGUCCCGCGACGUUGCAUGGAACGUUUCGUGUGUACUUAAUUAAUUGUUAAGAGAAAACAGCGAACACUUAGUAUACAAUAUAUUUAGUCUGUAAGUAUAGUUAGUUUUGAGUCUCUUUUCUUUUUGUAAUUUCUAAGAACGAGGAAAUCCCGGUGGAGUAAUUUCUAUGGAUCGUUAAAUGUGCACACACACAGCUCUCUUUCAUCAUACCUUGUACAUUGUUAGUAUUAGCUAGUCAGCAGAUUUUACAAAUAAUUGAAGAACAACAAAGCAACAAUUCGAUACUGAUCAAUCCUGUGAAUUCGACCUGUUCAUUGUGUAACGAAUUUUCGAAUUAUUUAUUUAAUGAAGUGCAAUUACGUCUUUCGGUGUGUCGAUGAGAAAAAGAAAUCUGUUCGUUAAUACUCCAAGUGGGUGAAUCACGACGAGGACAAAAGCGAAAAGGGUACUGCGCAUUGUAAGUUUGAUAUUUAUUGUACAUGUUGUCAUGAAAUUCCAUUGUUCCUACUGUUCACUUCAGAACGCUUUAACAGAAUCACCGUAACUAACUGUUAACAAUAAUCAUUCACCUGAUGUAUCAACUGCAAUGCUAACUGUAAAUGUAUCAUAAUUAAAUCACAUGAAUGUAAAGAUAGCGGUUAAAUAAAAGUUCAUCUCGAAACAGUUUUUAU